GAAAACUUGAGUUCAGUCACGUGGUCAGUGGUACUUCCGGCGUCUCGAAUGUGCGUUUCCUAAAUCGUCCGCUGUUCUGGUUUAGAAGGCCAAAUAGCGACAACCCGGCUUGAUGGCUGCAUCAUUACGUCUGCUCUUUUCUGUGUCCAGGCCAGGCUCCUUUGUAGCGAGCCACAAUCUUGUGCGUCCUCUCAGUUUAUCAGCGCAUAGAGAGGGUUACAAAUAUGUGAAUGCUCAGGAACCUCUCAAUGAUAUGAAGUCCAUCACAGACCGAGCCGCUCAGACCCUGCUGUGGACAGAGCUGUUCCGAGGUUUGGGAAUGACUAUGAGCUAUCUUUUCCGUGAGCCUGCCACCAUUAACUACCCGUUUGAGAAAGGCCCACUGUCCCCUCGUUUUCGCGGAGAGCACGCGCUGCGCCGAUACCCGUCUGGAGAGGAGCGCUGCAUCGCCUGCAAGCUGUGUGAGGCUAUCUGCCCAGCACAGGCCAUUACAAUCGAAGCUGAACCUCGUGCUGACGGCAGCAGGCGAACAACACGUUACGACAUCGACAUGACAAAAUGUAUCUACUGUGGUUUCUGCCAGGAGGCCUGCCCCGUGGAUGCCAUUGUAGAGGGGCCAAACUUUGAAUUUUCUACAGAGACUCACGAGGAGCUUCUUUAUAACAAGGAAAAGCUGCUCAAUAAUGGAGACAAAUGGGAGGCUGAGAUCGCAGCCAAUAUUCAGGCUGACUAUCUUUACAGAUAGACAGACUGUCUGGGUUCUGGCACACACACUGACUGACUGACUGACUGACUGACUGACUGACUGAAUGCCAACUGAGUUAUCUUCAUCAAAAGCGAUCACUGAUAAAUUGUUCAGAGUUUAUUCCUGAUUAAGGUUGAGAGGCCCAAAGGAUUUCAGCACAAACACCAUGGUAUAAUGAUUGACUCUCUAAUAAUUAAAGAUGGUGAUAAUACAAUGAUGCUUUUAGGAAACUCUCUGCCCAGAAAGUCCUACUGGUUCUAUCAAUCCUGAAAUCUGUUCAAAAACCAUGGCACUUGCGUACUGUACUUCAGUACAAAACCUCUGACUAACACACACACACACACACACACACACACACACUGUACAGUUUCCUCACACACACUCUACAUACAUACUGUCCCAAAAGCACACCUCAGAGUGGUGCGACAUGUGAGACAGCCUAAAAGCCAUCAAUUUUGCUUAAAAAUAACUCUGCCUACCCUAAACACACAGCUCAGCAAUAGUGGUAUUGCAGAAAGAACAUUUGUGUUGCUCUGAUGUUAUGACAGAAAGACAGACAGGAUUGUGUGUCCGUAUAAUAACUGUACAAAAUACCUGUAUUGAAUAAAUUAAUGUUGAAAAAAGA